AUGGCCAUUACCAAGGUUCACGCUCGCUCCGUCUACGACUCCCGUGGCAACCCCACCGUGGAGGUCGACCUCGUCACUGACACUGGCCUGCACCGCGCCAUUGUCCCCUCCGGUGCCUCUACCGGCCAGCACGAGGCUGUCGAGCUUCGCGAUGGCGACAAGGCCAAGUGGGGUGGCAAGGGUGUCACCAAGGCCGUCGAGAACGUCAACACCAUCAUUGGCCCCGCUCUGAUCAAGGAGAACCUUGAUGUCAAGGACCAGUCCAAGGUCGACGAGUUCCUCAACAGCCUUGACGGCACCCCCAACAAGGGCAAGCUCGGUGCCAACGCCAUCCUCGGUGUCAGCUUGGCUGUCGCCAAGGCCGGUGCCGCUGAGAAGAACGUUCCCCUGUACGCCCACAUCUCCGACCUGGCCGGAACCAAGAAGCCCUAUGUCCUUCCCGUUCCCUUCAUGAACGUCCUCAACGGCGGUUCCCACGCCGGUGGCCGUCUUGCCUUCCAGGAGUUCAUGAUUGUUCCUUCAGAGGCUCCCAGCUUCUCCGAGGCCCUUCGCCAGGGGUCCGAGGUCUACCAGAAGCUGAAGACCUUGGCCAAGAAGAAGUACGGCCAGUCCGCUGGCAACGUUGGCGACGAGGGUGGUGUCGCUCCCGAUAUCCAGACUGCCGACGAGGCUCUCGAGCUCAUCACCGACGCCAUUGAGCAGGCCGGCUACACUGGCAAGAUGAAGAUUGCCAUGGACGUUGCCUCCAGCGAGUUCUACAAGGAGGACGCCAAGAAGUACGACCUCGACUUCAAGAACCCCGACAGCGACCCUACCAAGUGGAUCACCUACGAGGAGCUCGCCGCCAUGUACUCCGACCUCUGCAAGAAGUACCCCAUUGUCAGCAUUGAGGAUCCCUUUGCUGAGGAUGACUGGGAGGCCUGGAGCUACUUCUACAAGACUCAGGACAUCCAGAUUGUCGGUGAUGACCUGACUGUCACCAACCCCAUCCGCAUCAAGAAGGCCAUCGAGCUCAAGGCCUGCAAUGCCCUCCUCCUCAAGGUCAACCAGAUCGGUACCUUGACUGAGUCUAUCCAGGCCGCCAAGGACUCGUACGCCGACGGCUGGGGCGUCAUGGUCUCCCACCGAUCUGGUGAGACUGAGGAUGUCACCAUUGCCGACAUCUCUGUCGGUAUCCGUGCUGGUGAGAUCAAGACUGGUGCUCCCGCCCGAUCUGAGCGUCUGGCCAAGCUUAACCAGAUCCUCCGUAUUGAGGAGGAGCUCGGUGACCUUGCCGUCUACGCUGGCACCAACUUCCGCAACGCCGUCAACCUGUAA